UAGCGUAACUGUAAUUUUUAAAAAUUUCUCGAAAAGGCUAAGACAGAGAGUUAAUUUCAAGGUUCUCAUUUCUCUCAUCUCCCUUCAAGUUCUCUCUUCAAUCAAAAGCUUAAUAAGAGGAAAAGAAAAAGAAAAUGGCAAAGCCCAAGUCAUUCCUGAAACAAUCAAAGUCGAAGCCGAAAAAUGAACAGAAACUCGAAACAGCAGAUGACUUCCAAUCUGCUGGUGUCGAGUUUGAAGAAGCAGCUGGAAAGUGGCGUGCGGGAGAUGCUGCAAAAUCAAUGAGAUUCUUCCAGCGCGCCAUUGACGUCUACGAUCAAGGCCUGCGAAAAUUCCCUCAAAAUGCUGAUCUCGCCUAUAACAAAGCCCGAGUGCAGCUGGAGAUAGCCACACAUCCUAUUCUAGUAGAUCAAUUACAACAGCCCUUAAAAUAUGUCUUAGAAGAAGCCUUGGCAUCGCAUCGAUAUUCGCUGCAACUAGAUCCAGACAACGCCGAUGCCCUCUUCAACACAUCUCAAGUCCUCACAACCAUCGCCGAGGUGAUGGCUUCUGACGAGGAUGAUGAAGACUCAAAGUCCGAAACUGAGGCACUGAAGGUGCUUCGAGAGGCCCUUGAGUUGCAGAGUAAAUGUCUCGCUGUACAGGAGCGGAAGUAUCAUGAAUUCCUCGAGCAGGAACGCGCUGCAGACGAGCAAGGACAGGGAACAAACGACACUACGCCUGCAACUAAUAUUGUAGAAAAUUCGGCGUCGAAUGAUAUCGAGGAUGAUGGGGAGUGGUUCAAUGUUGUGGAACCAGUCACCCGAGACACCCUCAUUGACACGUUACUCGCACAGUUAGGCACUCUUACUACCUUCUGUAGUAUCUUAGGCUCCUCGCCGGGUGCUGCUCCCGCAAACACGCUUCCCUGGGUCGAGGACUUUUCAGCAAGCCUCCUAGGGAAGAUGCAAACGAUAUCGCAUGAAAAAAACGACAAGCUGCAAGAGAUUGCUCUGGCAAAAGGGAAUUUGGUAUCGGCGAUGCUGGAAGCAGGGUACAAAUCUGGCAAAAUCGGUGCCGAGACUUACAAGCGAGAAAGAGAUUCAGCUUUUUCCGCCACCGAACUUCAGCUCGAGAGAUCAAUUCAAAGUCUUCUAGCAAAUGCCCGCUCCCUCCUUGCGCUUUACUCCGCCCUCACCGAAGCCGAGAAUGGAGAUGCCCAAUCACAGUCAACGCUUCGAUGGAACGUUCUUACCGCAAGCAUAGCAAAUUUGAAGUCUGCGUCGGCGAUACAGGGUAUUUCUCAAGAAGACCUGGUUACUACGCAUACCCUUCGUGGCGACGCAUCUUUGUGCCUCUGCGCCAUGGCUUUCCCACCCACAUCGCAUCAAACAGCUACGAAUACCGCCACGCAGAAUGCCAAGAAUGCAGAAGUAUAUUACCGUAACGCGAGUAGACUAUCUCAAGAUCGAGAAGAGAAGGAUAUUUCUACUAUGAAGUCGGCUGUCGCACAGUACAUGCAAGCCUACGCUCAAGGACAAGCGCAUGGCGAUAUUGGUGACCUUCUGAACGCAAGCCCCCGAGGGCCACAGUGGGCUAUUAGCCAGGUCGAAGACAUGGUGGCGGAGAAUCUUGUGCCCCCUGGUAUGUUUUCGUAGCCAUUGAUAAUAUCCCCAAAAGGCAAAAAUUAGUGAACAUGAGUGCCUACCUGGGUACAUAACUCAUUAAUAAAAUAAUGAUAAGAGGUAAUCAAUAGAUCAAAC